AUGCGUUGUGGGAAUGACCAUUCAACCAUUACCGAAGACUCGAGGGAUCUACUAUUUGGAAUAAUUUACCCGGCCAUUGGCAUAAUCUGUGUCUUCGUGCUCGUUCGACGUAUCAGACAUCAACAAAGGAGAAAAUACGUCCUACUUGAGGGGCAAAUGGAUACGCCAUCUGGAAAAAGUGGUGGCGAAGAGCCAUCUAGUGCAACCAGCGUGGGGACCUCUUACCCUACCCAUACUUCUCACGAUCCUGCACCCCUCCCAUCGGCUUGUGAUAUCCUGCAACCUCUAUCUCUCUCGUCACCGCUGCCUCCGAGUGGCUACUUGGCUGCUGUCCUGAACGAGGAGCGAAGAAAGAGGGUGGAGCAACCCUAUCUAGUCGAGAACGAACGCAUCCAACCGAUGAGUCCGCCAUGCACCAACUCUGCGUCAAUGGCGGUACGGACGGAUUGCGAUCCUCCAUCCAGAUUCGACGACUCUCCCACACAGGCUGAUGAUUCGUCUCAGGCUACUUUUGCCCCGACUAGGCGAAGUGCAGAGGAUGAUGAUCAGGGAUCUCCCAACUCUCCGGACUCAUGUGAAUUUCAAUCUGUCCAAAAGCGCAGUCAACAUGUCCAGCAUUUGCGUGAUGUGGAUGAAGAGGGUAUUCGAACAUGGAGACGGUGGGUUAUUGAGUACAGCUAA